AUGGCCGAUUCACUUACUGAAGAGCAAGUCUCCGAGUUCAAGGAGGCUUUCUCCCUGUUUGACAAGGAUGGCGAUGGCCAGAUUACCACCAAGGAGCUCGGCACCGUUAUGCGCUCUCUCGGCCAGAACCCCUCUGAGUCUGAGCUUCAGGACAUGAUCAACGAGGUCGACGCCGACAACAACGGCACCAUCGACUUCCCCGAGUUUCUUACUAUGAUGGCCCGCAAGAUGAAGGACACUGACUCUGAGGAGGAGAUCCGUGAGGCUUUCAAGGUUUUCGAUCGUGAUAACAACGGUUUCAUUUCCGCUGCUGAACUCCGACACGUCAUGACCUCCAUCGGCGAGAAGCUCACCGAUGAUGAGGUUGAUGAGAUGAUUCGAGAGGCUGACCAGGACGGUGAUGGCCGAAUCGACUACAACGAGUUCGUUCAGCUCAUGAUGCAAAAAUAA